UCGACGCAAGAGCAGCCGCUCGCCUCUGCUCUUCAGUCUCUCUUGGCCGUCGGGCUUCGAUGCGGUGUGCCGUGGUGCGUUCACUUCGCUGAUUCAUCGCCGUCUGCUGUCAGCGGCCACGGACUGGAACAAGCUGCAUAACGGUGCGAGAAGACACGGAUAUUUUUCUGCACCCGUGACAGCUGAUCGUCGAGCUGUCACGGCUGCUAGGGCAAAAAGUUUCUUCCGGACUCCUACUCAGUUCGUCGCAGUGUGCUUUUAGACUGGGUUGUUUGUUUGUCAAAGUGACGAGUUCUAUUCGGAAACUGUUUUACGCUUUCGGCUUUCCGACCACCACUCUUAGCCUACCACGGCGUCAACCAAGAAACCGGAAUAUUGGCCUUCGUCAAUGGAGUAGUGUUUCUGGAGGAUUUCUUGCACCCUAGCCCAUCAGAAGAAUGUGAUCCUUGCCGUACUCAACUGAACUCAUUCUCGCCAAAACCAGGUGAUGAACUCUAAGGUUGUAUACGGACCAAUGUUCCACUGAUUGGAACGCAGGAAUAGCGAAAAAAAAAAAAAAAAAAACAGCGUGAGCCCGCGGUCUAAAAGAUGUUCUUGACCAUGAGUAAUCCGGUACGUAGGUGACACCAGUUGACGUCGAAUAUUACGUCCUUGAUUUUGUGAAAAUUUGUGCCGACAGUUCGCGGAGGAAACAAGAGCAAGAUAUUUUCUUCAAGAAGAUAAACACUCUGGAUUCUCAGUGUCUUCAAUAACACGCUUAAUCGCGCAACAUCCCCUUUGCAGAAAAAAAGACGGGCCGAGAACUUUAAACAGAGUGGCGUGUUGCUUAUUUUAACGGAGUCAGAAACGUAUUGGCAACGUUCGCUGCACUAGAAGCUAAGAUUGCCGAACUGCCAGGGAAGUCAUACUGGUGUGCGAGCACGUGUUCCUCGACAGAAACUGACCGCUUGUGAAAGUAAGCACUGUUCUGUUACCGUGGGAACUGUGUUAUUAUUAUUAUUGAUCGGCGCGGGAAAAUUGUACCAGUAGCCCAUAAAAAAUUGCUGCCAUUGCAGGUUCACAAAGAAAAAAAUAACCAACAUAGUCAUCAUCUGGAAUCUGUACCUUAAGUGCGUUCAGAAGUAUCAAGCAGAAGGCGUUAAUAACGCAAAGCCGGAUAAUUAGAGGCUGAGGAAGAUGUCAGCACCCGAAAACUACACAAAAUAUGAAUAGCGACCAUGACAUUUUUCUCAACCAGCUGAAAAGUGGCGAAAUUGCUGGGAUAGCAAGACAUCCCGGUGUUUAAAGUUGGUGAAUCAGCUUCAUCUCCCCCGCCAACACCGACAACAUAUAGCAAAGUGCUCUCGCAGCGGUAACCGUGCAGUUGCAUCAUUCUCCAUAACUCCGUACAUUCUUCUCAUUGUCUACAAAGAGUAUCACGAUGGCUGACGUGUUUGCCGUGGGACUGCACACUUUCGGCGACGGUGGAUACGCUCCGCACCUGCACAAAGUCAACGGAACGUGGGUAGCCGGCAGUGGCUUCGAGAUCGGCACGGGCUCCACGGGUCUUCUGUCGCUGCUCUCUGUGAUCGGCACGAGCUUGUCAAUAGUGGGAGUUGUCCUGACUUUCAUAACGUACAGCCUGUUUUCGGACUUACGGACGCUGAGCGGCACAUCACUGCUGAACCUCCUGGCCGCGUUCUUUCUGUCGCAUCUCCUCAGCGUCAUUGGCGUCGAACGACCAAGCGACAAGAGGCUCUGUGUCACCCUUGGUUUCCUGCUGCAUUUCCUCUGGCUGGCGGUUCACUGCUGGCUCGCCGCCAUGUCGAGGGACAUGUACAAGACCUUCAGGGACAACAUCAAUCUUCAGCCGUCACCCGCCAAUGAGGACCGCAAGUCGUUCCUCAAAGCGGCCGCAUUUGCGUGGGGCCUUCCGUUGCUUCUGACGGGUCUCUCCGGAGUGGUCCACUUCGGCACCGUGCUGGACCAGACGUCCGACGACAGGAUCACCUGUUGGAUUCUCGGCCGCGGCUCGUACCUCUGGACAUUCUGCCUUCCGGCCUUCGUUCUGGCCGUGUCGGAUGUUCGGUACUUCGUCAAGGCAGCUAUCCUGACCCGUUACACGGCUAGCCUGCAGAUGAACCGCAAGACGAGGGACCGCAUGAAACGGAGGCGCUACCUGCAGCUAUUCCUCUAUGCCAAACUGCUCCUCGUCCUGACACUCACCUGGGUUGCUGGGCUGGCCGCGCAACUGGCGCGACUCAAGGCUGUCUGGUUUGCCUUCUGCAUUCUUGCGUCGGUGCAAGGGUUCUUCGUGGCGCUGGCCUACUCGUGCAACUCGCGCGUCUUUCGUCUGUACAGCCGAUCUCUGCGGUCCGGAAACAACAACCGCAAAGGUUACGGAGCGUCAGAUCUCUCUGGGUCUACCGACUUGGCCUUGCUGACCUGGGAGCCGACGCCGGACGCUGUGUGAACACUACCGAUCCACUGUGGUGCGGGACAGAGAACCGGAGUGGUGUGACUUCAGUGCUCGCCAGGACGGAUACUCAGUUGAGUGAAACUGUUCUGUCCAGUGUGGCGUCGUGAGAUUUGUAGAGCUCUCUGUGCGGCUCCUUUUCUUGAAAAAGAAAAGUAAGACGAAGUGUUAUAUGAAAAAGAUUAGGCGGUUUUUACUUUGCAAGAAUGGGACGAAAAUUUGUUACUUUUAAGAGCCGAGUGCGUUGUAAUUAACAUCGAUUGCUCUAAAGUGAUAUCAUGACAGGUGAGAUUUUUAGUGGUGACACUUGUCGGGAAACGGUGGGCUGCAGGACAUCACAAAGCCAUUGACGCAAGAUAACACGAAAACGCAAGAAGCGAACUGUCCCACAUCGGUCCGUCUACGUCUGUGAACGCUUUGAUUCUGUUGUGAUAAUAGCGUUAGCGUCGAAAUUUGUGUCGGUGUUAGCGGUUGUAGGUACCAGCGAACUAGGUUCGCAAGGGACGAACCGAAACUUUCUUCGCUGCAAUAGCUUCGUCUGCAGUUUUUCGCAACCACCCCACGUGUCAUUUGGACGCAAGAAUUGAGUGGUGAUUUCUUAGGGUGGGUGUGGAAGCACUGUACUUGCAAUCGCUCUUUUAAGAACCGUGAUGACGAUGGUGCAUAUCAGGCGUUUCUUAACUAGAAAGGUCACAGGUUCCAGGAUGCAUAAAAAAUUUGCGUAGUGAGACGUGUGAUUUAACAGAGAACCCUUCUCAUAUACACGCCUCGUAGCUCGAGGAAAGGCUUUUGACGAAACAUUUAGCAGUGCGUGUAAAAUCAGAACUUACAGAUUAUAGCAAAAUACAAAUGCCUUCUCAACGAGACUACUCCUUCGUUUCAUAAGACCGUAAAUGUGCUUGUUACCAGUGCACGUUAAAGUAUGGCUCGCUAGAAUUUCCUACAGAAGGCCGUCGCUACUUUAUUCUAAGUUAAUAGAAUAUCAUGAUGUUGUAAUAGCAGCCUUCGGUUUCGAUAAUCGAGACACUACGUGAGAAGGAAUACAUAUCAAUUCGCAUGCUCCACUCAAGUGGAAUAGCUUUGGAAAUUUGCAAAAAGACGUUGCUGAGUCGGUGCCUGAUAGCAACUGCGCAAUAUCAAGAGAAUAGUAGCAACUUUGUACAUCUUAAGAAAGAAUAACCAACUUUCUUUAUAUACGGAGAACUUCGGUUUCAUAUCAUGAACGUGUACUAGAAGCGUGUCGCAUUGAGCAGAUUGUUCCUAUAUGAGCUUUGAAAAGGUACGACAAUACGCGUUAUUUUCUGAUGAAGUUGGUAUUACGCGUAUGUUUGCUCGUUAAAGGUGCUGCGCACUUCAGGCAAAUCUUUCUUAUACGAGCGCCUAAAUUUGCAGUUCGAGCACCUCAGUGUUGCAUAUUGCUUGAAAGUUUUUAAUAGAGGUCGCUAUCGUGUUGAUAAUUUGAAAUCGUACCUCAAACCCUAUGGGUAGUGUUCUGCAAUACCCUACAUUCGGCGAAACGUGUAUAUGUGCCCUAUUUUAGUAAAAUCUUGGAAAACU